UGGCGCGCAGGGCGGUGGCGGUGGCGGUGGCGGUGGCGGGGCCGCGGGGGGCACAGGUGAGAAGCGACCGUGGGAGCUCAGAGGGCGUCCCGCGGGCACUGCCGUUCUCCGGGCCAGGGGUUGGCGUUCCUCCCCCAGGUGCGCGCGGCCCUGCGGCCUCGCGGGAACGGAGCCCGGACGCCGGGCAAGGAACGGCGCCCCUCCCGUGGUGCAAGCUCCGGGGCUGUGCGGUGAGGUCGGGCUGGUGGGCGGCGGUGGCCGACGCCCUGCACCGGUGGGGGCGCCGAGGUCGCGAAAGGUCAGUGGAUUGGCUGCUGCCUUCUAAGCCUACCUGAAACCCAGGUGACCGAACGCCUGCUCCGGGCAGCCUCCUCGGCGCCCCCUGCAGGAAGUGAAAUUUGUCUUCUUGGAGCCCGUCUCCUGCCCCUGUCAGGCCCCUGGCCGCCUGAGCACGUGUAUUAACCUCUCAUCUUCUCCACUUGUCAGAGGGGUCAGGUUCAUCCCACCUCUUUCUCCCACAAUGUGACAACACUGACUUCAGCCUUCUCUGAGCCCCUGGAAAACUGGGGCCUCCCUACCCGCAAUCCCCUGGGGCUGGGGUUGCUGAGUUCACAUAAUUCUUCCCUUCACUGAUUUAAGGGACUGAAGUUAAAAUUCACAGAGGUCAGAUCUGACAUCAAGACGUGCUUGUGUCAAACUUGAAUAAAACGGGUAACACAACUGAAAGAUCAGGCAACAGGUAAUGGAAAUAAGUGGAAACUUAGUAACAAGGUGUGAGUAAAUGGAAAGGGCUCCAGUGGUCUCAAAGGUGAUACAAACCACUCCCUUUAUUUUAUAUUUAAAGCCAAGAGGAGGGAUUUAUCUAAGGUAAUUCAGUGGUAAAAGAAGAACUGGGACCUAAGUGUCCAGUUCUCAUCCUGUGUCCUUUCCUCCGAACAGUAACUAAAUUUACUAGACACGUUAGGAACAGGAAUCAAUUGCACUGCUGAAUCCUGCAUUGUAAUACGGCCUUUAUCUAACCAAGCUCAGCACUAUAACCCUACUCUCUGCUGCUGAUGUUCUGAAAUUCAGGAACUUGUCUUUUGGAUGGGAAACACUAAUAGGUUCUUAGAAGAAUGAAGUUAAUGACUAACAACCCAGCCUUUGCCAGCCCUGACUCACUAUAUGGGAAAGGUAUUGUCAGCUCCCUCCCUCGGGUAUGUCUGACCCACCUUCAGGUCCGAGGAGCUGCAGGUGUGACUGAUGGAAAUGAAGUGGCCAAGGCUCAGCAGACAGCUCCUAAGGGAGCAGCCCCAACGGUCUUCUCCCGGAUCCUGGAUCGAAGCCUCCCAGCUGAUAUUCUAUAUGAGGACCAGCAGUGUCUUGUAUUCCGUGAUGUGGCGCCUCAAGCUCCUGUGCACUUCCUUGUCAUUCCUAAGAAGCCCAUUCCUCGGAUUAGCCAGGCUGAAGAAGAGGACCAGCAGCUUCUAGGACACCUUCUCCUUGUGGCCAAGAAGACAGCAAAGGCUGAGGGCCUGGGAGAUGGAUACCGACUUGUGAUAAAUGAUGGGAAGCUGGGUGCACAGUCUGUGUAUCAUCUGCACAUUCACGUACUUGGGGGUCGACAGCUCCAGUGGCCUCCAGGUUGAACCUACCAACUGACCAAGAACCCCAGACCUGGAUGCUUGGAGCGUGGAGGGGAAUGAACCCUAUGAUGCUAAUAAACUUGAUCUCCCUCGA